UCGAUUUAUAAGAGCAAUGCAUGUGUUAGCAUAUAUUUUACUCAAAGAUAAUGAUUUCAAUACUUACAAGGAUGAUAUAAAUAAUGUCACUAAUGAUAUAAUGAAUAUGAAUGAUGUCACGAAUAUAAACAAUGCCAUGAACAUGAAUGAUGCCACGAAUAUGAACAAUGCUACGAAAAUGAACAAUGCUAUGAACAUGAAUACUACCACGAACAUGAAUGAUACCACAAACCUGAAUGAUACCACAAACCUGAACGAUAUUAUGAAUAUGAACAGUACUACGAAUAUGAAUAGUGCUAUGAACAGUAUUACGAACAGUGCCAUGAACAGUGCUAUGAAAAUGAACAGUACCAUAAAAAUUAACGAUACCAUGAACAGUGCCAUGAACAUGAAUGAUGCUAUAAACAUGAACAUGAACACUGCUAUGAAUGAUACUAUGAACGAUGCUAUGAGUAGCACCAAUGAUUAUGUUUUAAUAUCAGAAGAGAAUCAGAACAGUUACAAUACUAACAAUUACAACCUUCAUGUAGGAGACGUCUUUGAUGACUGGUUAUCUGUUGAUAUGUUUAUACACUAUUAUUGUUUCGAACGAGGUUUUGGAUAUCAAAUUUCUCGAAAUGAUAAAGACCAAAAUGAUUUCUCUAUUACUUAUCGCAAGUUUUUUCAUUGCUCAACAAGUGAAAAAUAUGAUGCCAAAAAAAAUGUAGAUCAAAAUUUACACUAUUUGCGUGAUAAUAUGAAAACCAAUUGUGAAUGGCAUUGUAAUUUUACCUUUCUCAAAACAACAAAACAAAUAUCAUGUACAACAUUAAAUGACAAUUAUAAUCAUGAAUUAAACCCUAGUCAAAUAGCUGAUAUUGUCCCUAGGUAUCAUCGACUUAAUGAUGAAAUGGUUCAAGAAUUAAAGUUUCUCACUAACUGUAAAGUAGCACUAAUUACACAGUUAAAGAUACUUGAGAAAAAAUAUUCACAUUAUGUUUUUCAUAAACAAGAUGUUUAUAAUGCAAUUUACAAAAGCUGUAAUAGUAGUAAUGAAUUGAAUUCUGAUUCUGAUUCUGGCUCAUUCCUUAAUGCACUUUUGAAAAAAAAAGUUCAAGAUAAAAAUUGGAAAGUAUUUGUUCAGCAUACCAGCAAUGAACAUCAUUUGUCAGAUGUUUUUUGGAUGUCUCCAUUCCAGCAAGAAUUGUAUAAGCAAUUUUAUGAUAUUGUUUUAAACGAUAAUACAUGUAAAACUAAUAAGUAUAACAUGUAUUUGAGUGUAUUCAUGAUAAGAGAUAAUUAUGGAAGGUUUCGAAAUGUAGCGAAUGCAUUAGUAGAGGAUGAAAUAGCAUCAACAUAUAAGUAG